AGUCUUCGGGAGGUUUCGUGGGUCACAAGACCUGUCAGCUGAGAGUCUUGUGAUUAUUGAUAAAAUUGGUUCUAUUUGAUUUAGUUGGUUGCAAUUUCCACCAAGUUUAGUCGUUUUUGCAACUUCCCUGUCAGGAUAUCACCAUGUCGAACCUAAAGAAGAUUUCCGAUGAGGAGAAGGAGUCCAUGUAUGGAUAUGUCUUUGCCGUAUCCGGUCCUGUGGUCACGGCUGAAAGGAUGGCCGGAUCUGCUAUGUACGAGCUGGUCCGUGUCGGUUACUACGAACUCGUGGGAGAGAUUAUCCGUCUGGAGGGUGACAUGGCAACAAUUCAGGUAUACGAAGAAACAUCCGGUGUCACUGUAGGCGAUCCUGUGCUCCGGACAGGAAAACCUCUGUCUGUGGAAUUGGGUCCUGGCAUCAUGGGGAGUAUAUUUGACGGUAUUCAGCGUCCAUUGAAAGACAUCAACGAACUUACUAACUCCAUCUACAUCCCCAAGGGUAUUAAUGUGCCCUGUCUGUCACGUGAUAUGUCUUGGGAUUUCAAUCCACUCAAUGUGAAGGUUGGUUCCCACAUCACUGGGGGCGAUAUGUACGGAGUUGUGCAUGAGAACACUCUGGUGAAACACAAGAUGAUUGUUCCACCACGUGCUAAGGGUACUGUGAGGUACAUUGCCCCACCAGGCAACUACAAGGUCACGGAUGUUGUGCUGGAGACGGAAUUCGAUGGGGAAAUCACCAAGCACACCAUGUUGCAGGUCUGGCCUGUGCGUCAGCCACGUCCAUGCACGGAAAAACUGCCAGCCAAUCAUCCACUUUUGACUGGCCAACGUGUCCUGGAUUCUCUCUUCCCGUGCGUCCAGGGUGGUACUACGGCCAUUCCCGGUGCUUUCGGUUGUGGCAAAACUGUCAUCUCACAGGCUCUGUCCAAGUACUCCAACUCCGAUGUCAUCAUUUAUGUGGGCUGUGGGGAGCGUGGUAAUGAGAUGUCUGAGGUACUCAGGGACUUCCCUGAGCUGUCGGUGGAAAUUGACGGUGUGACGGAAUCCAUUAUGAAACGUACGGCUCUUGUGGCCAAUACCUCCAACAUGCCUGUGGCUGCUCGUGAAGCCUCCAUCUACACGGGUAUCACAUUGUCCGAAUACUUCCGUGACAUGGGCUACAACGUCUCCAUGAUGGCUGAUUCCACAUCUCGUUGGGCUGAGGCUCUUCGUGAGAUUUCUGGACGUUUGGCUGAGAUGCCUGCCGAUUCCGGCUACCCAGCCUAUUUGGGUGCUCGUCUGGCCUCCUUCUACGAACGCGCUGGACGCGUCAAGUGUCUGGGUAAUCCAGAACGUGAGGGAUCGGUGUCUAUUGUGGGUGCUGUCUCGCCACCUGGUGGUGACUUCUCUGAUCCCGUCACAUCCGCCACCCUCGCCAUUGUGCAGGUGUUCUGGGGCUUGGACAAGAAAUUGGCCCAGCGAAAGCACUUCCCCUCCAUCAACUGGCUCAUUUCAUACAGUAAAUAUAUGCGCGCCCUUGAUGAUUUCUACGAUAAGAACUUCCCUGAGUUUGUGCCAUUGAGGACUAAGGUAAAGGAGAUCCUGCAGGAGGAGGAGGACUUGUCGGAAAUUGUGCAAUUGGUGGGCAAAGCUUCCUUGGCUGAGACAGACAAAAUCACCCUCGAGGUGGCCAAAUUGCUCAAAGAUGACUUCCUGCAGCAGAAUUCCUAUUCGUCCUACGAUCGUUUCUGUCCUUUCUACAAAACCGUGGGCAUGCUGAAGAAUAUGAUCACCUUCUACGAUCUGUCGCGCCAUGCGGUAGAAUCUACGGCUCAGUCGGAGAAUAAGAUCACGUGGAAUGUCAUCCGCGACUCAAUGGGCAACAUUAUGUAUCAGCUGUCGUCGAUGAAGUUCAAGGAUCCCGUGAAAGAUGGAGAGGCGAAGAUUAAGGCGGACUUUGAUCAAAUGUACGAAGAUUUGCAGCAAGCUUUCCGCAAUUUGGAAGAUUAAAUUGCAUAUUCCCCCCUCCCCCAUUUAGAGAAAAAAAAAUAUUAUGAGAGAAGUGUUUUAAAAAUAAAAGAAAAAAUCAGAAGAUAAGUCGCAUUAGUAAAGAAGUGACGUACAAUAAAUAAAUUAAUUUUGAGUGAAGGCAAAACAAAGAAAAAAUAUUCAAUUCGAUUACACAAAAAAUACCCACAAUUGAGAUAAAAAAAAAUGAAAUUUAAAAAGUUUUACUGUGCAAAUCUGUAUGUGCAUUAUUGUAAAUUUGUUAAAUUUUAAAACAAUAUUAAUUGUAAAAUUUAUGAUUAAAAAAAAGGAAUUUGAUGCAAAGUCCUUUGAAGAAAAGAAUAAAAUAAAUAAAAAAUGGAUAUUUAUAGCUAUCAGAGACAAAAAAAAUAACUCCUAAUAUUAAUAAUAUUUAAAAAUGAAUAAAAAAUAAUAUGCAUUCCAAUUUCAAUUAACAUGAGAAAGAAAA